GUAGUGGCGGUGGAGAUGACCUAUUUCAGGGGGUUUUCUACGGCGGUGGCCACGGUGGUGUUGGUGGUUCUCGGUGGUUGUUGCGGCGGAGGCCACGGCGUUGUUGAUGUUCCGACCGAGGAACUCGGCAUCUGUUCUUCUGGUGUCACCAUUCAUGGUUAUAAGUGUCAGGAAAUUCAGGUGCAAACGAAAGAUGGUUAUAUUUUAAGUGUACAGAGGAUUCCAGAAGGUCGAUACGGGAGUGACAAUGGAGUAAAAAAGCAACCCGUCAUCAUACAGCACGGUGUUCUUGUGGACGGGAUGACAUGGUUGUUGAAUUCUCCGGAGCAGAACCUACCCUUGAUCCUCGCCGAUAAGGGCUACGACGUAUGGAUUGCCAACACUCGAGGCACUCGCUUCAGCCGUCACCACACCUCCCUCGACCCAUCCUCCCCGGCCUUCUGGGACUGGUCGUGGGACGAGCUCGUCAUCUACGACCUCCCCGCCGUCUUCGACCACGUCUCCCAAGAAACCGGCCACAAGAUUCACUACAUUGGCCAUUCAUUGGGAACGUUAAUACUAAUUGCUUCACUGGCGGAGGGGAAGCUGGUGGAGCAGCUGCAGUCGGUGGCGUUUUUGAGCCCCAUUGCUUAUCUCAGCCACAUGACCACCGUUAUCGGCGCCGUGGCCGCCCGGUCGUUGUUACCUCAGGUUGUUACCAAAGCUUUGGGUGUUGAAGAGUUCAAUCCAAAAGGGGCGGCAGUGGGGAACUUUCUAAAAUCGUUGUGUUUUCGUCCGAGAGUCGAUUGCUAUGACUUAUUAUCUGCUUUCACGGGCAAAAACUGUUGUCUCAAUUCAUCGACCGUUGAGCUCUUUCUCAAGAACGAACCUCAGUCGACAUCGACUAAGAACAUGGUUCACUUAUCUCAAAUUGUUCGAUAUGGAGUAUUGGCGAAGUUCAACUAUGGAAGAAUGGAUUACAACUUGAGACACUACGGAAGAAUCAAUCCGCCGUUGUAUGACCUCUCCAAAAUUCCUCGUGACGUUCCGAUCUUCAUAAGCUACGGGGGUCAGGAUGCUCUCUCGGAUCUUCGAGACGUGGGUCACCUCCUUGAAAUCUUAAAAUCUCACGAUGUCGACAAGCUUACUGUCCAAUACAUCGAAAAUUACGCCCAUGCCGAUUUUAUCAUGGGCAUCAACGCCAACGACGACGUUUACAAAUAUGUCACUGCUUUCAUUACUAAGCAUAGUUCGAUCUAAACAAGAUCAACUUAUGGUAUUGGUUUGAAGUUGGAAAAAUGACGUUGAGAACCGAGAUUCGUGUGAUUGUAGUAAGAAGGGUUCACUUGAACCUCUGUGUUCCGUUAUUUUA